AACCCGCAGAACAAGCCACCCCUUUGCUAGGGAGAUGUCUCGUCCACGCUGCAGAUUCUGCCUUCCAGCUAGUCGGCAACUUCUCUGCAGCCCCGCAGCUCUACCCUAGCCCAAACAUCCUUCCCCGCUGCCUGGGAGGAGGCGCGGCUGAAAGUAAUUUCAGGCUGGAUUGGAGCUCAGACGCCUGAGCAGGUACCUGGUCUGGGACUAGGAGAAAGGUAAAGUUAGGGAUUUCAACCUUUUCUUUCCAGACCAAAUUAUCCCUAAUCUAUGCGGCACUGCCUGACAGGACCCGGACGGUCCCAGCAAUGGCCUCAACAGCGACCCUAGCACUCAUGUGGGAGGAGGUCACGUGCUCCAUCUGCCUGGAUGCCAUGGUGGAGCCCGUGAGCAUCAAAUGUGGCCACAGCUUCUGCCAGGAAUGUAUCUCAGAGCUUGGGAAGGAUGGGGGUGGCCUCUGCCCUCUGUGCAGGAACCCCUUUCUGCUCAGGAACCUACGGCCCAAUCGGCAUCUAGCCAGCGUGGUAGAGAACCUACAGCAAACCAGCCAGGCUGCCAAGGAUGGCACACCAGGGGAGCGGUGCCCGAAGCAUGGAGAGAGGCUUCACCUAUUCUGUGAGGAAGAUGGGCAGCUCCUUUGCUGGGUGUGUGCCCAGUACCAGAAACACCGCAACCACCACCACAAGGUCCCUAUUGAGGAGGCUGCCCAAGAGUACCAGCGAAAGCUCCAGUUGGCAUUGGAAAAGCUAAGAAAACAGCAGGAGCUGGCUGAGAAGUUGGAAGUGGAUGUUGCAACAAAAAGAGCAGAGUGGAAGGCAAGAGUGAAAGAGGAGGGGACACUGAGAAGGCUGGGCAAGACAAAGGUUGAGAUGCACAAAUCGAGGAUUCACGCCGAGUUCAUGCAGCAGCACAACUUCCUGGUUGAAGAGGAACAGAGGCAGCUGCAGAGGCUGGAGAAGGAAGAGAGGGAGCACCUGAGAAUGCUGGGGGAGAUGGAGGCCGACCUGGCCCAGCAGAGCCAGGCCCUGCAGGAGCUGAUCUCAGAGCUGGAGCACAGGAGUCAGGGUUCGGCUCUGGAGCUGCUACAGGAGGUGACAGUCACCCUGGCAAGGAGUGAAUCCUGGAGCCUAAAGGAGUUGACAGUCAACUCACCCAACCUGAGUGUGUGCCAUGUGCCAGGGCUAAAGGAGAUGCUAAGGACAUGUGGCGUGCACAUCACGCUGGAUCCACAAACAGCCAACCCACUGCUCAUCAUUUCAAAGGAUCUGAGACAAGUGAGGCUUGGUGACAUCAAGCAGGAGGUGCCAGAGGACGAAGAGAGAUUUGAGAAUUACCCCAUGGUCCUUGGUGCCCAGUACUUCACCUCCGGACGGUAUUACUGGGAAGUCAAUGUGAUGGGAAAGACGGCCUGGGACCUGGGGGUGUGCAGAGCCUCAGUGCAAAGGAAGGAGGUCUUUAUGCUCAGCCCUGAGAGAGGUUUCUGGACGAUUUGGUUGUGGAACACAAAAACAUAUGAGGCUGGCACCUGCUCCCGGACGCCCCUCUACCUUCAUGUGCCUCCACACCAAGUUGGAAUUUUCCUGGACUGUGAAGCUGGCAUUGUUUCAUUCUAUAACGUCACUGACCAUGGCUCUCUCAUCUACACCUUCUCAGAGUGUGACUUUGCUGGACCUCUGCGGCCCUUCUUCAGCCCUGGCUUCAAUAAUGAUGGGGAAAAUGCAGCCCCUCUCACUCUCUGCCCACUGGAGCUGGCAUAGUCUGGGGUUACAGAUCACUGAGGGCUCUGUUGCCCUGCAGACCCGGCCUCUUUUUCCCAGAAAUGGAGCCACUUUUGCCUCUGCCAAGGUUUAGGACCCCAGGAAACCAGCUUUAGCAGGGAGGUCCCCUGAAAGUCAGCCAUCAGAUCACCUUCAACAUCAGCAUCGCAGCUCUGAAUUGCUCCGGUUCCCUCCCAUGAAGCAGACCCUGCAUUCUCAGUCCAGACUCACCUGAACCAUAUGUAGUAGCUGCCUCAAGUUCUGUCACAGCCUCUCCAUCCCCUUGGGCCAAAUCUCUAGUACAUCUGGGAUGGUAUGUGAAUUUGCUUCCAAAAACAAUUGUGCAUCGGUCUGUUCUGUUCCGCCUUUGUUCCUUAAACCUGAAAUACUUGGCAACCCUGGUUCAUAUUGAUGUACCUUACUUCAAAAUAAUCAUGGGAAAUGCAUACUAUGACAUGCAUGUGUAGGCUUUCUCAACUUUUUUCACCAAAAUAAAUGUAUUAAGUCCAUUUUCCUACAAA